AUGAAAAUGCUUCUGCAUCUGAGUCUGCUGGCUCUUGGGACUAGCUAUGUUUGCACCAAUGCCAUAAAAAGUCCCAUGACUAGACUGGUGCCAGAGACCUUGAAACUGCUCUCAACUUAUGAAACUCUGCUGAUAGGCGAUGGGACACUGAGGAUUCAUAUUCCUGAACAUAAAAAUCACCAACUAUGCAUUGAAGAAAUCUUUCAGGGAAUAGACACCCUGAAGAAUCAAACUGUACAAGAGGAUGCCGUGGGAAAACUAUUUCAAAACUUGUCUUUACUAAAAGAAUACAUAGACCUCCAAAGAAAAAAAUGCGGAGGAGAAAGACGGAGAGUAAAGCAAUUCAUAGACCACCUGCGUGAGUUUCUUGGAGUAAUAAACACGGAUUGGACAAUGGAAAGUUGA